AUGUGCUGCUCCGCCGCCGCCGCCGCCGCCACGACCAUCGCCUGCUGCUGCUGGUGGUGGUGUUGGUGGUGUUGGUGGUGCUGCAGGUUGUGCGAGCUGAUGCCGAGGCUCUCAGCGCUGCCGAAGUGCACUGCGGGCUCCAUCCCGUACGUGAAGCCUCCCGUCGACAUGGCCUGCUCCCAAGUCCUGACGCCCCGCGCGCUCGCUCCGAGUCCCGCCCGCGGCAUGGACGUCCGAGCGCCGCGCGUCAAGCGGCCGAUGAACGCCUUCAUGGUGUGGUCGCGCGUGCAGAGGCGCCGCGUAGCCGCGCGCCACCCCGAGAUGCACAACUCGCAGAUCUCCAAGCGGCUGGGCGCCGAGUGGAAGCUGCUGACCGAAGACCAGCGCCGGCCGUUCAUCGACGAGGCCAAGCGGCUGCGCUUGCAGCACAUGCGCGACAACCCGGGCUACCGGUACCGGCCGCGCCGCAGGGCCAAGGGCUUCAUGAGGACUCCCGGGAGAGCCCCUGACGCCCCAUCCUCCGACAGGGACUUCCCCGCCCCUGGAAGCCUCCUGCUGCCCCUGUUGAACGCCUGCGAAGCUCCGGUCCUUCCUCCCUCGUCCAACGGGUCUCUGACCUUCGACGGGAACUUCUCCAAAGGCUUCCUCGCCCCUGGAAGCCUCCUGCCGCCCCUGAAGAGCGCCCGCGAAGCUCCAGUCCUUCCACCUCCGUCCAACGGGUCUCUGACCUUCGACGGGAACUUCUCCAAGGGUUUCCCCGCCCCUGGAAGCCUCCUGCCGCCCCUGAAGAGCGCCCGCGAAGCUCCAGUCCUUCCGCCUCCGUCAAACGGGUCUUCGACCUUCGACGGGAACUUCUCCAGGUGCUUGCACGCUUCUUUCCUGACGCGGCGACGCGUUCCGUCGACCUUCGCCGCCUCGGGCGAGGUCUCCCCCCCGACCUCCCGGGCCCGUCCCGCCACGGGGCGAAGAGCUGCGGCGACGAGGGCCUCUCCAGAGGGUCUGGAACCUGCGAGCCUCCGGGCAUCGACGGUAGUUCCCCCGGGUGGUGACGCGGCCGCCGGCUCUGUCGCCCGCCGUCGAACCAAGAACCCCGUGUCCGUCUCACACGCGUGGGUGUGA